AGCGCAAACUUGCUGAUCACAAGCUCGAAGAAAAAGAAGGAUAUGCUCGCGAUGUCCGACGACGCUGUGCUGGCUGUUAUGAGAAAAUUAGAUUAUAAUAGAAUAAUUAAAGCAUUCGCGAACAGGAAAUCAGUGAAGAAGUGACUGUCUCUCUUUACUUAGGGAAGAGAAGCAAAGAAAACGGUUCUUUUAUCGUUUUUCUCGUUAGAACAUACCGUGAGUCACCGGUGGCUCACAUCGUGCUGAAUGUGUUAACAAGAUGUUUUAUUCUAGCUGAGUAUGUUCUUUAAUACCUAAAAAUAUUCUCCUUUUUUGUUUCUCAGACACAGUGUUAGUCUCUUUUGACCGUAGUUUCCUAUAGAUGCUUCUGCUUUUAGGUCGUUAUCAUAUUACAUACUUUCGUGUUAUAGAGUAAACGGUGACAAUUUAUCAAGAUGGAAUCAUUAGUCGAUGAAGAAACUACUGUAAAUGUGAGAGAUAUAUUUGUCGUACUUCACGAUUCAUCUACUGAAUAUGAUACAGAUAAAAUAAUUGCGAUUAAUGAAAAUCUUUUCGCAUUAAGUGAGUUUCUCAACUAAAACCAGAAGAUAGCAGUGAUAAGCUUAUUUGGUAGCAAGACACAAAUAGAAAAAUCGUUAACUUCAAUAUUUAAUAAUAAUAUUACAAUAGAAGAUGAUUCUAAAACUAGAAUAGCUGCAUUUUAUACACAUCGCAUAUUUGCUUUGAUACUUAUUACUGAUGGUAAGGCAUUUGUUGCUCGACCCAUAAAUCUAGAAUCAACGUCGAUAACAUUAACUAGAAUCCUUCAACAUAUAUCCAAAAGAAUAAUGAUAUGUCCUUCAAAGGGAUCAAUCGAUGAACAGUGGAAUCAAUUAUCUAGCCCUUUUAAACGGUCUCAUUUUAAACCGGUAGGUCUAGAAGCAUGAUUACUCAUCCGUUCGUUCAUAUGAAAUAAAUUUUAAUGAUAUAUUAGUAACAAAAGAAUAUUUAGCUGAUUAUAAAAAUUAUUUAUUGUUUAGCAACAAUUAUUCAAAAUAUAUUCCAUAUGUAAAAGCAUUUACCGGUCUUAGUUUAGAUAAACAAACAAAAAAAUAAGAUCAAAGUCUCUGUUAAAACAGAUAUAAUUAACAAUGAACAUCAGUGGAUGAAAAAAAAAUCACUGUUUGAUCAAUUAGAAGUGUUCGAUAUUCUAAAAAAGAAUAUUCCAUUUCGCAUUGGUAUUGAAACAACAAAUAUCAUACAAAACUGAUAUGACAAUAAUUCUAAAACGUUUGAUACGUUGUUUAAGGAUAUACCUGGCUCAGUUAUUACUAUCGACGAAAAGGAGCUAAGAUUUUCAACCGAAAAUCUAAAUAUCAAGAUGCCAAAUCAUGCCGAAAUCAUAAACAUUUUGUUAACGUACAUAUUAUCAGAAUUGAACUUAUCGAACUGUAAUAGUUGGUCUUCUGAUUAUAUUUCAUUCAAUUUGCAUUCAAGCGUAUAUCAUGAAGUGAAACAAAAGUUUUACGAUUUAAUGGUCGGCAAAAGUGAAUAAUGUGAAUGAUCGUAAUUUGAAAUCUUUUUUAGGAAAUCUUUAUAAAAUUUUCAGUUAUACACAUUUUCAGGAAACCUUGAACAGUUUUGUGCAGAAACUUAAUGAUAGUUUAAAAGCGUUUGUAAACAAAAUGGAUCAAAAAUUAAAUGAAAUGAUAGAAAUAUGCGAUACAAAAAAUGAAUUUAUUCUUCAAAAAUGUCAAUUCAAUGUGGUUCCAAGUGAAGCUGGUGUGCUUAAAAAUAUAAAUUUAAGUUUGACAAAAGAACCAUUUGUUUUAUCUCAGAACAAUUUACCAAUUACUGAUAGAUCGUUCAAGCUAACUGAUGUUAAGAUAAUUUCCAUUUUUCCAACUAAAUAUCAAGAUAAUGACAUUAUUUUAAUGAAUAUAAGUGGAAAAUUUCAUAUUUUUAUGAAAUGUUUAGAUGCUCUUGACGAUGCAUCUAAACUUGAAUGGAAUGGUAAAGUCCUGAAAUUUAUAUUUCAUAUAUUAUAUAGUCCUGAUCAUGGAAAAAAAUAUACGGCUGGAUCUUCCCAUUGGCCAGAGAUUUGUCCAUGUAACAAAUCAGACGCAGCCAUACUGACAGAAAUAAACAACAAGAAAAUAAAUUAUCAUAUGAUUAUGCUAACAACCUUAAUCAGUAUCAUGGUAAAAGAAUUUGAACGUUAUAUAACUGUCAAAAAAUAA